AAACACUAAGUACUGGGACCGGUCAUUAGAGGCACAGGUAAGCACAGGAGGGUGUUUACAGUUUGUACCGUUAAGUGUGAUUACACCUGACCAAAUCGGGGCAGUGUCUACACAAAAAUUCAGCCGCCGAGAAGUCUUACCACCUGGCAAGAAGAGCACCAAGUUUGCGACCACGCGGCAGUUGUUUUUGCGUUCUAUACGCCUGACUUCAUGUCAAUGUAUAGAGCUACAUUGUAUACUAUACGUCAGCCUUUCACUCCACGUUUUCAACAUGUACCAAUGAGAAAGACCUUUGGCCUGAGGGUCUUUAUGUCGACGACAUUUCACGGUUAUUAGCGGGGCGAUUGUCUCACCAGGUGGCGAGAGAAGGUGGAGGAACAAGAACAGGUUGAAGUUCAGACGGCGGUGAAUCGUUAUUCUGUGAGCACAGCCGGGCGACUUCUGUCCGAGUCAGCGGGAGAAUAGCUGGCCAUUCACGGCGGUUUCUUGGAGACGGCGCGGUGGUGUGUAAGGGCGGCAGUGUGAUUGUGUUGAAUGUCAUUACUUGUUGUGAAUACAUACCGACUCGCGACAGUCAGAACUCAGUAAAAAGUCUAACCAUGGCGGAGGGAGGCAGCGAAGAAACUACCACCCUGCAGGCUCCAGAACCGGCAGUUAGAGUCAAGAUUUCAGGAGGGAUGCAGAAAUGGGCGAAGCUUCGCAAGGAGACGAAAGAGCGAGCGGCGGUGAACCAGCAGCAGGCCGCCAUGCUAGCCGCCUCGGCGUUAGAGAGCACCGACCCCGAGAGCUACGUCAAGACCCUCCGCUACCCCUCCGUCCAGACGUACUCAGCCUUGAAGAAGAAACUCGCAUCUUGCGACUCAGAAUGGAUGCUGAGGUUUCUAGAAGAAGACGGACUCGGGAUCUUGUUCGAAUCCUUGGAGAGACUGUCUCAGAAGGGGUUCUCCAGUUUUGCGGACGCCUUCGUGCAGUUGGAGUGUGUUGGGUGUGUGAAGUCAGUCAUGAACUCCAAAACUGGACUGGACUUCAUCGUACAACGGAGAGAAUGUAGCAGGAAACUGGCGGCAGCGCUGGACACCACUAACACCCUGGUGAAGAUGCAGGUGUUUGAACUGCUGUCUGCCCUUUGUGUUUACUCCGCGGAAGGAUACGGCUGCGCGGUCGAUGCACUGGAACACCAUAAGGCGACCAAGGACAAACGUCACCGGUUCUGUCUCAUCACUGACGAGUUAAAGAAGGCAGAGACUGUGCAGUACAAGACAACACUGCUGGGCUUCAUCAACUGUAUCAUCAUCUCUACUGACGGACUGGAGGACCGGGUCAGGAUACGGAACGAGUUCAUAGGUCAGUCAGUGGUGAUAGCGUUCCUGUCCAUAUUCGGGAACACCCUGGUGUGCGUGGCCGUCCUGCGGGGCCGGCGACUCCGCACGCCGAGCAACCUGCUGGUCGUGUCCCGGCGGUCGCCGACAUCUGCGUGCUGA